GAAGACUCUGUUUGAAAAGUUUUCUUAUGGCAAAUAAGACCGGAAGUGGGCUCAUCAUGCCGGUGUGCUCGCGCAGUUCGGCAUGGGCGCUCGCUACAUUCAGCAAGAGUCUGUUCGCGCGGUCUCUCGGAAAGGCAGCGCUUAGCCGGACAGGAAGCCCGCUGUUAGCACCAGCCGCAGGUCAGGCAUCAACAAGAGGCAGCAUGACAGCCACGGGCAUGUCCCAGAGAAUGGUGUGGGUGGACCUGGAGAUGACAGGGCUGGACGUGGAAAAGGACCAAAUCAUUGAAAUGGCCUGCCUUAUUACAGACUCACACCUGAACAUCCUGGCUGAGGGGCCAAACUUGAUCAUUAAGCAGCCCGACGAGCUACUGGAAGGGAUGUCAGAGUGGUGUAAGGAGCAUCACGGAAAGGUAAGCUGGCGUUUGUUCAGGGGCUCGUACCAGUAAAGCAGAAAUACAGAUUGUUUUUCUACACGUCUUUCAAAAGUCUGUGCUGGAAAGCACCUCUGCAAGAAAACAAACUAAUCUAGAAUGCUAAUGGGAA